GGAAGCCAAGCCUCAUCUCUUGCAUUCCCUGCUCCACUUCGUCACCACCAUUUGUGCGAACGUCACAGACGCAAUAGAACAGUGGUGGCUUUAUAAGGUGGAUUUCUCAGCCGAAAUGUUGUGCACGUUGGACUCCAGUCAUACUGCGGUCGUCACGGAGGCCGAUUGCCACACUAUAGAAAGAGGUGCCCUGAGCAACCAAGUCAGCCUCAACUCCUGAACUGGUCAUACGAACAUCGACUAUCGGCCAUCAUAUCCCAACAGCGACUACAUUAUUGACAGCUGUGAUAGCGCCCAUCACACGUUGUUUGGCUUCAGCUUUCACCUCUUUCUUGAUAGCAAUCUCCCUCAAGCCUCUAUCACGGCUAGAUUUAUUGAUUUCUCAGAUCCUCAGAUCAGCCAUCCGUGUCACCCUCAUCUCGUUGAACGGUCAUGACCACUUCAAAGGACUUCGAGAAUGGCUCUCCUCUUCAGGCGCGAGGAGGAUACAGCGCUUCUGAGAUUGAACGAUUGGGACGAGAGAGGCCAGCCACUUUCAAGUCGAUAUGGGUAGAAUUUGGUUUUUGCUUCGCUCUCCUUGGUUCGAUGUUCAUUGCCGAGUACCUCAUCUCUGGUUUCAACAUCCUCCUGCCAUCAUUGACUCCCGCGCUCAACAUCCCAAAGCAAGCGGAGACGUGGCCUGCUAGUGUCUUCUCUUUGGUCACUGGUGCUUUCCUUCUACCAGCCGGCCGACUGGCUGAUAUGUAUGGCGGGUACAUUGUCUUUGUCAGUGGUCUUGUAUGGCUUCUGGUCUGGACAAUUAUUGCGGGGUUCAGCCAGAAUUACAUCAUGCUCAUCUUUUGUCGAGCACUCCAAGGUUUCGGUCCUGCAGCAUUUAUGCCAUCUGGCAUCAUGCUUCUGGGUAGCAUUUACCGUCCAGGACCGCGAAAGAACCUCGUCUUCAGUCUUUACGGCGCGUUCGCGCCUGUUGGCUUCUUCACCGGCAUCUUCUUCGCUGGUGUGUCCGCACAAUUCACGACAUGGCGGUGGUUCUUCUGGAUCGCUGCUUUCAUCCUCGCCAUUGUAGGCAUGGUUUCAUACCUCUGUAUCCCAAACAGACCCGAGGAUAAGCAUGGCAAGGGUGUCAAGAUGGACUGGUUGGGGCUGGUAACCGUUGUCCCGGGUCUCGUCCUGGUCAUCUUUGCCCUCACGGACGGUAGCCACGCUCCACAAGGUUGGGCCACACCUUACAUCCCGGUCACAUUCGUCCUCGGCUGGAUCUUCCUGGGCGCCUUCAUUUACAUCGAGGGUUGGGUCGCCGAACAACCACUUCUACCUGGGGAUAUGUUCCAUGUCAAAGGUAUGAAAUGGCUUGCAAUAGCCCUCUUCUUCCAGUACGGUACAUUCGGUAUCUUUCUCUUCUACGCAUCAUUUUACAUCGAGCAAGUCGUGGGCGCCAGCCCACUCCUCACCGCUGCCUGGUUCGCACCAAUGUGUGUUGGCGGUCUCAUCCUCGUCACUGUUGGAGGUCUGGUUCUCCACCUUCUUCCCGGUCGAAUGCUCCUUCUCAUUAGCGGAACUGCGUACAUCCUCUGCACUCUUCUAUUCGCCAUCCUACCGGUCAAGUUCAACUACUGGGCCUACGUAUUCCCAUCGAUGCUCUGCGCUACCCUUGGAAUCGACAUUACAUACAACGUCAGCAAUAUUUUCAUUACAACAUCAAUGCCCAAGAAUCGACAAGGCUUGGCAGGUGCCUUCAUGAACAGUCUGUUGUUCCUUGGCAUCGCUGUUUUCUUGAGUUUCGCAGACCUGGCAGUGAGUGAGACAGAAGAUAGGGGAUUACGAGAGAGCUACAAGAUCGCCUUCUGGCUCGCGACUGCGCUAUCGAGCGCUGGUCUGAUCCUUAUGUUCUUGGGUGUUAAGAUAGGCAAGGCCUCGAGUGAUUUGACAGUUGAUGAGAGGCAGGAGUUGGAGAACGAGUUGACGAGGAGGCAUACGAACAUGAGCGCGACAUGAGUAGAAUACUCGCAGAUUCAUUUUAAGUUUUCAUCUGUUUUGUAAAGAGGUACCCAUCUCGGAUAUAUAGAAGCCGCAACAAGCAGUAGAGCGCAGACGCUAGAUUGCAUAAUUUAUCAGAUCUAU